CACACGAACGCAAGACGCAUGGUGUGCCAUGCAGCCAUCCAUGAUCACGGAAGCUUGUGUGGAUAUCACUCCCGCAGUAACGCGGGACAAAAAAGACCAUCUCAAGUUUGUGCUGCCUCCUUCCUUCGGUGGCUGGUGCGACCUCUUCCUGCAGAGAAAGCGGCCAAUCACCAGGAAGGUCCGGACGCACAUCAUCUCUGUGCUGUUCAAGGCUUGCUACAGGAUGACCCUAUAUCCAACAUCGAGGCUGUACAAAAAGGUACUUGACUCGCUGGUGGCAAAGUACCCCCACGUCAUUGAGGGAAGGUACAACAGGUGCCAUUGGUCGAUUGCCCUGAGAAGCAGGUUCAAAACCGCACGCAAGAAGCUUGUGGCCGCCUGCUGCUGUAGUCAAAGCACGAAGAACGCUGGGACUCGAGACAGAGCUGGUCCCUGAUGACGACGAGCAUGCCUACGCCCAUACAGAGCUAGCGCUUGCCAGUCAAGAGCCACCAUUGAAUUCAUCAGGUGAUUUGUCCGGGUGUAAGGACCCUCCAGUCCAGGCGGAAGAACUCAACGAGUCUAAAAGCACGUCUACUCACAAGGCCGAAAAUUCCAGCGAUUCGGGAGCCACGCCUUCAAACUCCGUACAGUUCUGCGUUGUGUCAGAACCAAUGGAAUGUGUGUGGAAGAGUGAACAGUUGGAAGACGUGGAAUGGGUGGAUUAUCCGGACUAUUCUGAUGCUGUUCUGGAAGACUUCACCGUGUCUGACCCGCUUGGAAUGUGCACUGAUCAAAAAGCUUCCGAGGCACUGAUGGCACAGCAGGGGAGUCUGGGUUCUCCAGAUGAUGAAAGGGACAGCUGUGACGAACCAGUGGAGGAAGUCAGCCCUCAAGAGGAUGAGCCAAGCUCAAAGCCAGAGCAGCGAGGAGAGGUGUCUUUGAAUCGACUUGACCCCAUUGUGGUUUCGCCAAGCUCGAAGUCUACAGAACAAACAGACGAUCCUAUGGACGACCUUGACCACGCGGUUCCUGCACCAAGCUCGAAGCUCGAGCAGCAAGUGGAGGUGCCUCUGGAGGAACCUGAGCAUGUGGUUCUUGUGCCAGAUUCAAAGCCUGCAGAACAAGCAGAGGUGUUUUUGCAGGAACCUGACCCCGUGGUUCUUGUGCCAAGUCCAAAGCCCAUGGAACAAGUGGAAGAAGAUCUACAGGAAGCUGAGCAUGUGGAAUUUGAGCUGCCUUCAUUUGGCGUUUUUGAUGAGUUGCUCUGCAUGAAAGUGCCGGUCAGCUCUACGAUGCAGCAGCACAUUGUCUUUAGCCUCUUCAAUGCACUCUCCAAGAAAACUUUGUAA